UAGCUUGAUACUUGAAGAUAAAUUUUAGGUUAUGUUUAUUAGUCACAGUCAGAUCUGGUCGAUUCUUGUCAUAGUAUGAAAUAAAAAAUAUAAAGUAUCAUGUGUGAAAAAAGUUAGUGUUAAUAAAUCAAAAAGAUUUUUCAAUUCAUAAUCAAAAAUAAUUCAUGAACAAUUAUUAUAAAAUGAAUGAAGAGCAACCACCUACCAUUGGAGGUGAAGAAGAAAGUGUUGAACUGUAUGAAAAACUCUCAUUAAUUAGUAGAGAAGCUUGUUUGAAUAGGAUACAAACAAGUUUGGACACUUCAUUGAAAGAGUCUGAUGUUGCAGAAUCCAGGCAAAAGGCUGAAACUUCACUUUCAACCCUUCUCACGUUCUGUGAGAAUCAUUUCAUUCCAAAUGGAUUUAAUAGUGCAAGAAAAUUUAAGAAAGAGAAACAACAAGCAUUAUGUUCGGUCAUGGUUUUAUGUUUGGAGCAUAUCAAUGAAGACAAUAAAUGGUCAUCUAAUGAAUCAUUUAAGUCAUCUUCGACUAUUAUUGACUUUAUUUGUAAAUAUUACUCUUGUGAGAAUGCUAAAGACUUGAUAAGCAAUGAGCAACAUCAAUUGUUACCAAUAAUUUUUACAUUUCUGCGACCGAAGCUAUUAAAGGAUAACUGGAAAUUCUUCCCUGCUGCUGUCACAUCUUAUGUUUGGAUAGUUAACAAUUUAGAGAAACUUGCAAUUGGAAGGAAUUUAUAUUUAUUGAUGCCCACCGCCCUAAUAAUAUUGGACGAUUAUCUAGCUUCUAACAGACUUGUAGGUUUGAAAUGCCUAGAUCGAAUUGUGAGAAGUAUAAGCAAGUCAGAAUUUGACUCGUACUGCAGUGAUGACUCAAUAUACCGCAUGCUCCAUCCAAUGAUCUACAAUUUUGAAUCUUCAACCGUUGAACCAGUAAUUUCAUGCAUCUGUGCUGUACUAGAGAAAAGGCUGGAUAAUGUUGCAAAAAUGAAGUGGACACAGUAUGACGAUAUAAUGGGAGCUUGGUUGUCUGCAAUGGCAAUGGAGCAGAAGCUGGAUUUGAGGGCAGCACACAUCCAAUGCUUUUCUAUUUUUCUCACAUCAAUGGGCUGUGCUUGCGUUCGAUGGUCUGAGCGUAUUAUAAACGUUUUCGAGGAAUAUUCAGUGUAUCAUAAAGAGCAAGAGCACUGUUUCAAGGCGAUGCAUGUAUUUAUGAGAGAAACGUGGAAGCGGACGCAUAAACAUUUUCCCCAGUUGAUAGUGAUCCUUCUCAAAGCACUUCAUGAUCUCAACGACGAAAAUUCGUGUGCCAACAAUGAAAACUAUGAGAACAGAAUUUCUUCAAUAGUGCAGUGUUUGAAUUUAUUAAGGAAAGUGACUCCUGAUCAGAUGAAUAAAAUCGCCUCCGAUUUGAGAGCUGACUCUAGAUUUAGUGAAAUUGGGAAAAAGUACUUUACCGAUACUACAUCGAAUUGAUUUUUUUUUAUUAGAGCUCAAUCGUUGGCUUGAAAACAUUUCAAAUAAUAUACAUUGAUAUUUUUAAUAAAGAAUUCUUGAAUAUUCAAUAGUAAUAGACGAUUUGACAGUAAUACUUGUAAAUGUAGUUCUUUUAUAGAAGAAACAAGCAUUACUGCACCAAUAGGCAUUACUGCACCCACCAGUGAUAAUGUAAAUAAUAUGAAACUGACCAAUCCGCGGUAUGUAAAUUAUUUUUGAGGGGAAUCUUUUUGAAAGAAUACAUUAAAAAUUUUCCAUUUCUAAUAACUAAAAAAAUAUUAUUUUUCUCCCGGAACUCUUCUUCUUCUUCUUUGUCUCUCCCCAGUGCGCCAUUACAGCGUUGGGGUAGCCUCAGUCCAUUUCUUCUAUGAUUCCCUAUCUACCGCCAUUCUCUUCAUUUCUGGAACAGUCUUUCCUCUUCUCCGUUCUAUUUGCUCGAUCCGAUCCUAAUACGAAUACCUUGGGCUUGCCACUGUUCUCCUUUCUUGCACUCUCACAUUCACAUAGUGUUUUGUCACAAGAGUCUAUGAUACAUGUUUUCCGGGAGCGUUCCUUUGUCAUUGAUCACUCGACCAAUUUGCUAAAUAAGCAGUAUUAAAUAAUAAGUACUGCUAAAUUCCUUUUGCUAAAUUGGCUUUUCGAUAAGAAAAUAUGCUUGCUAUGAAGAUGAUCGUCCAUAGUGAGAUCCACGUUAUAAUGGCAGUGGAGAAAGAUAGCAGAGCGUUGCCGAUUCUUUGCCUUGCCACUGCCUUCUAUAGAGAAUAGCUGAUCCCAUUCUAUCUCAUGUAAUAUUCACUGUUAUUCUUGUUAAAAAUAAUAAAUUAUAUUUUAUUCGUCAAGAAAAUGUAUUUUUCGAUGAUUGAAUUAUAAAUUUUCAUAAUUGAGAUAAGAUAUUUUGUUAGUUAAUUUAUAUGUAGUUAAUCUACAUUGUUGAAGAACGAACUGGCUACGUCGCAAAGCUAGAAAGGAUAGCGCUAUCUGCUUUGUCGAAUAAUAGAAAAGGAUAACAACACCAAUGUUAAUCAAAUACUGACAUUGUAAUGUGGACUUUAAUAAUCUUUGAGUAUUUACAUUAUAAUGAAGUCCACAUUACAAUGUCAGUAUUUGAUUAACAUUGGUGUCAAUACUCAAAGAGUAUUGUUACUAUUGUUGCUAACACUAUUGUUACUAACAAUACUCAAAGAGUAUUGUUAGUAAUCUAAACAAAUUUAAUUUCAUCCAAUGGCAAUUUAUGUAAUCUUCUGUAUAGAUUCCAUUUUUUCCAAGAUUAUUAUCCUUCAUAACAUUUAAGAGUAUUAAUAAUAAAUUGUACUACUACAUAAGGAGUUGUUAAAGAUUUUAUUAUUCGUGAAUAAAUUCACACAUAAAGUAUCAUUUAUGAUUCUCUUUACGUAUAAUUCAAUACAAUGUUUUACAAUUACGAGCAUAAGCAAACAUUGAAAGGCUUCAAAAACAAUUUAUACAAAUAUAUUACAGGCUAUAAAUUUCUCUAUAAUACACAUUCAUAGACUUCUACUCAAAAUAAUUUUUUUUUGUGAAUAACUGUAAGCUGUAAAAAUAAACGGAAUCCAGCUAAACGAAAAAUUUUUUCAAUCUUACUAAGAGGUUAAUCUUAUAAAUAACUAAAACAAUUGGCCUACCAAUUUGAAGGUAUCAGGUUCAAAAAGAUUCUUGGAAAAUAAUAACUUGAAUACCUUUGAUAGUGUAAUUAACGAUAUUAAAACAAAAGGCAUGUUGAAUAAAUUCUAAACAAAGAUACUGGUGAAAAUUAAAAAAAAAAAAAAAAAACAUUUUUCAAGUGAAAUUUCAGAAAAUUAUUCUGUUCAUCACUUUUCUCGAUGAAAAUAAAAUUUUUGAAGAUGUGUUUAAAAAGCACAGUCUUUUUCUUUUUUUAUAUUAACUCAAGUUAUGAUUGAAAAUAUUAAUAAUUGAAAGCUAUUCGCUAUUUAUUUAAGCACUAAAUAGCACAUUAUUCUAGGAGUAUAGUAAAAUAAUAAUAUUCGUAUGGCUAAGGAGUAUAGUGAUCAAAUUUUCAAGUUUUCUUGUUGGAGCAAAAUGAUUAAAUCGAUUCAAUUUGAUUCAUGAUUAUUGUCUAUAUUCUCACAAUUUUUCAAUUCUGGUACAUAACAGAUAAACAACAUUAAAAAUUAUUCCAUAAAACACUAAGCAGCAGCUCUUAUUCUAUUCUUCAAACAAAUUUUCAAAUCAUAUUCACUUAAUUGUUUGUACAGUAGAAUAAUUAUUGAGUGUUUUCAAAUCAAUAUACUGGGACGAUAUAAAUCAAAGGUGGAAUCAAUAUUGUGAUAUUAUUGACUAAAAAACGUCUGUUCAUACCGUAUAUUGGUUUCAUCAACAAUUACUGUUAUUUUAUUUACAUAAUUUAGAAUGCUUGUUACUGAGAAUUGAAUUUGCAAUAAAAAAUUUCCUUGCAAAAGCAAA